UUUCGCUUUGUGCGCACCGGGGCGGCGGUACAUCAAAGCCUUCUAGUUCCCGCUCCGGCCUUUGACGGCUGCGUCGCGGCCGCUCGCUCAGUCAUCGCUCGGUAGGCGAAGCCACCACGCCGCGCGGAUGAGCUCGACGUCGUUGUCCUCGCGAAUCCUCGUCGGCCGGGAUCUGCGAGAUCUCCUUUCCCACCAACAGAUCUCCUUUCCUCCUCGGAACUCGAUCGAGUUCGACAGUGUUCCUAACCUUAAUACUCUUUCUAUUCAUACGACCAAGAGAUAAGGGGAUGUCUCCUCGCGGGAGCAAGUGCGCGCGUGUUAGCGGUAGCAAAGCUGUGCCCGCCUUACAAAAAGAUCGUAGGGUUUCGAGAGAGGAAUCUAGAACCUUCGAGGCUGCUGACCAGAAGGAACGUCGGGAGCAAGAACGAGAACGCCAACAGCAGCAGCAACAGUCGGCCGAGGACAAGAAGAAGAAGGCAUCAACGAUGACGAUGAAAAGACGGAAGAGGAAGAAGAGGAAGAGAAAACCAGGCCGAGCGAAGACGACGCCAGAGACAGACGCGGUGGCGGCGGCGGCGGCGGCGGCAACGGCGGCGACGGUCUUGGCGGCACGCGAGGGUCGAUCGUGGCUGGCGACGCGCAUGCGCCAACCCCUGGAAAGCACCGAAGGUGGCCUCGAGCAGCCCCGUGAAAACGGCACCCUGCUAAAACGACCGUGCUCGCAAAGCCCGCAUCGCGAACUCCUGGUCGAAAGCAGAGACCUUUCUAGCUCGGCCUGUUCUUAUUCGCGGUCACCACCAUCCCUGUCGCCCGGCCUCUCCUCUUCCCCCUCGAAUUCCCCCUCGAAUUCUCCCUCUUCCUCGAGGUCCUCCUCGGUAGCGUCGAGUAGCGAAAGAUCUUCGAUUGGUGGUAGUCGAUCGAAAACGUCCAAGAACUCACGAAAACGGCUACUUUGCAGAGACCGGAAACGGAAGGAAACGAGCCGCCGCGGUAGCCGCGAGUGUGCACGACCACCGGAGACUAAGAAGGAAGGAGGGAAGGUGGAGGUAGAGGAGGAAGAGGAGGAGGAAGAGGAGGAGGAGGAGGAGGAAGAAGAGGAGGAGGAGGAGGAGGAGGAGGUGGGAUCAGUGGGGAAACUCCAGACUCGAACCGAGCCACCGGUAACGUCGACUCCACCGAAUCCACCACCCACACCCUCUUCCUCUUCCACUGCGAUCCCAGCAGCUGCUCCCUUGCCCUCUCCCUCGCCGGCUACUUCACCCUCGGCUUCUUCCGAAGUUCUCGCCGCCUCUUCUCCGUCCUCCUCUUCGUACCGUGCCGAUUCUAGAAAUGAAAUCUCUGGACCGCGUCCGACCACUACCUCCUCGUCGACCACCUCCUCCUCCACGGCCUCCUCGUCGCCUUUAGAAAGUAUCAGAAGCGCCUUGGAGUGCUACGAUCGGAGCAGAAUCUAUUUGGCGCACGUUUCCUUUUUGGAUUGGCGCGAUUUGCCUGGGAGACGACGUGGACACCUAGAGGAACACCGAAACCUUCAUCAUGGUGCUGCCUCGAGGAGUUCCUCCGAGAGGUCUUCCGGGGAAAGGGUCUGGGUUGUUGGGGCUGCCGACCAUGACGGACAUCAUAGGACUAGAUUGUUAGUGGCCGGUCGUCACUGGAGACCGCGUUGUCUCAGACGAGUGAAUAUGCUCAGCCAACCGGUGGUAUAUGCCGGCGGGGGAAGGGGUUCCCUGACAGCUGAUCUCUUUCUUUGGUGGUUUCACCGAGAGUUUGCCGUAACGGCGAUGGCCAUGCACCCCGACGGCGCAGUCCUCGUGGCCGAGAGCGCGGAUUACUUGCCCCCCGAAGGUGAUUGCGUUGCGGCCGACGGUCUGGUCAGAUUGUUCGUCGUACCAAAAGAUUGUCUCGAGACUAGAAUCGUCGUUAGGGAGUUAAGAGUUCGGUUAGCCAUCGGAGCGCUUACCAGAGUCUAUCACGAUGUCUACCGUACUAAACUCUCUACGUUCGAACGGGAGGACGAUCGAUUGGAAACGUUCCUUAAACGGUUUACCUUGAAGGAAGCUUUCGCGGAUCUGCACCGAGCCUGGUUGAGCGUACGUUCGGAAACGUUUGCCAGAAGUUGGGCCUUACCGAGAGAACGAGAAGAAGUCGAGGCACGGAUAGGUGGUCGGUCCAACGUUGCAGGAAACAACUCGGUUCUUCGUACCAUCGUCGCUUCGGCGGAAAGAGAAGAGGACAGGAUGCUCUUGGACGAACUACGUGGGCUCGCUGGAGAACUCGGUCUCAAGGUCGGCGACGAGGAACUCGCUCGAUGGAUCAUGGACGGAGAAGAACGUAGCACUUCUUGCCGACGUUUCGAUACCAUCGAUCUCGAGCCUGAUCAUCAAUCUCGUCUCGUCAAGAUCGAAGCCGAACACAAGUCGAGCACCGAUCAAGAAGCCGAAUACGAACAAGAGGAGGAUGACAACGAAGAGGAGGAAGAGCCGACAGCCGAGGAAACCGUAGGACUACUCACGAGAGUUCUCACGUGGAUGGAAAGGGAACCUUUGGAUCCUGGACUUCUUCUAGCAGUUAGAUCGAUGCGCGAUAUAGCUGCGAUUAUGGCAAGCAAGAUGGGCCUAGCAGGGACGCAUCCAAGCGGGCUGCCCUUCUUCUGUCCGAACGGUGAUCACCUGACGCAACCACCGCCCGCCCACAUGGGUAUACCUCCGUAUGGGGCUUUGGAUGCUGGCAAAGCUGCCGCUGCGGCCGGUCUGACUAGGGCGCCGAUGUAUCCCUUUUCUACGGGCCAAUAUCCAUACCCCAUGCUUAGUCCGGAAAUGACGCAAGUCGCUGCUUCUUGGCAUACACCAAGCAUGUACCCUAUUUCACCAGCGAGUGCUGGAUUUCGAAGUCCGUAUCCAACGAGUUUACCCAUUUCGAGUACGAGUUUAUCAACCGAUCUGUACCGAUUUUCGCCGACGGGUUUGAUGCCACCUCAUCACGGAUUGGGUCCUCACGCCCACGCGUUGGCGUCCCACGCAUUGGUGUCUUCCGCGCCGAAAACGGAUCAUUCUACCCUGGAUCACAAUCACAGACGUUGUUGUUGGGAUUCCUUCGAGAUCGCUCGAGAGAGACGAUCGGACCCCUUCGGACACUAUCGGCAGGAACGCGACAUCAGCACCUUGACCCUCGACCUCGAUCCGUUCAUAAACCUCGUCGCGGCGCAAGUGGGACGACCCAGCCACGCGAGGACGCAAAGAUCGACGGUAGCGCCUCAUGGUGGCCCGCCAAAAGGGCCAAGAAAAAAAGGGUUCGCAAUUCUCAAUAGAAACGACGACCACAACAACAACAAAAAACUAAGAGAGGACCAUGAUAUGGUUUUAGAAGGGGGUAGUAGAGGGAAACACUCGGUGGUAGACGGUAGAAAGACAAUAAAAGGAAGGAGGAGGAGGGGUGGUGUUGUCGGCGAUGGUGAGAGGGGUCGGGGGGGAGAGUACGAGGAUAAAACCGUAAGAGGACACAUGGCGAUGGAGCCCGAGUGUCUGGAGCCUUUGAACUUGGUGAUUAAGAAAGACGAUACUGGUAGAGGAGGAACCGUGAUCGAGGAAGAAGAAGAACGGAUCGGCGGCAAGUCGAUGAACGCGAUCGACGAGGAAGAGGAGGAGGAGGAGAGCACGGACUCGACGAGGAUGAUCGAGAACAACGUGACGACGAUAUUGCAGGACGCCUGCAAGGCCGGGGGAGAAUCUGGUUUACCUAUCGCCGAUCAAAAGAUUCUCACGGCCCUCUACAUGAGUAGCCUGAUGAACAUGUCGAACGCCAGCACCCUGCCGCGGAACGUAACUUCGUCGUCGGCCCCGUACGCGGCGCAGCACAACUUGGUUCAGUUGCUGGCCAUGCUCGAGGCGCGACACCGCGUGUGGCAACAAAUGAACAACUGGCCAACGCCGCAAAACUUUUUGAGAAACCCCUUGGGCCUACCUUCGCAACCUUAUUUCGCGGACUCGCCGAGCGCUAAUCAGCUCACCGAACAAUUGUGCACCUCGCAAAAUCCCGCGCCGUCCUUUCCUUUAUCCUCCGCGAAGGCCGAACCUUCCAACCACGAGACGAAACAACCAUAUUUCAAACGGUCUACGAUAGAACAGAAAAAUUCAGCCUCGUUACCCGCGGACAACGCGAAAAACCAAGAUACAGGACAACAAAACAAUCAAGAUAAAAAGAAACCCCAUAUAAAAAAGCCUCUGAACGCAUUUAUGCUCUACAUGAAGGAGAUGAGGGCAAAAGUAGUGGCGGAGUGUACCUUAAAAGAAAGCGCUGCCAUCAACCAAAUAUUAGGAAGACGAUGGCACUCGCUAAGCCGGGAGGAGCAGGCGCGGUAUUAUGAGGCGGCCAGGCAGGAGCGCCAUCUGCACCAGCAACGAUACCCCGGCUGGAGUGCCAGGGAUAACUACGGAUAUGGCAGCAAGAAGAAGAAGAGGAAGAAAGAGCGCUCCGCAGAUCCCACCGGAGGUAACAAUAUGAAAAAAUGCCGUGCAAGGUAUGGAUUAGACCAACAGAGCCAAUGGUGCAAACCAUGCAGCCCAGUGGAGCAUGGAGCGGGGAUGGGCAUCCACGCGAGUAUAAUCCAUCAUGGUGUGGGAAGUAGCGCGGGGUCCGGGGUCGGGGCUGGAGGUGGUGGAGGGACGGUUGGGGCGACCACUGCCCCGCCAAACACCAACACUGCCUCCAAUACCUCCUCACCUCAGCAAGAACCCACUUAUGUUAAUCUCUACAUGGCAUUUGCUACGAGUGAAUCGUAUCGAGCAGAACGUAAGAAGAAAUGUGUCAGGUACAUGGGGGAGGGAGGAGAAGGCGACGGCGAGGCCGACGGCGAAGGUGAGGACGAUCAUUCGGAGGAUAAUUUAGGGAGCGUGGGGGAGGCAGGUACACCCGAGGAAGACGAAUCCUUGAGCAGUCCUGGGGGUUUGUCAGCAUUGUCGAGUUUGGCCAGUCCAUCGUUGGUGUUACCAUCGCCAUCGAGUCUAGCCAGCCCGUGUCCGUGCCCUUUGACACCUCCAGUGCCUCCUCCGCCAUUACCGAACCCGAGUAGCCAACAGCAACAACAGCAACAACAGCAACAACAACAACAACAACAACAACAACAACAACAACAACAACAACAACAGCAACAGCAGCAUCAGCAGCAGCAGCAACAGGUUCAAGUACAGGGCCAACAGCAGCAGCAGCAACAGCAGCAGCAGCCGCAUCGUAAUCCAGUUGGUACGAAUCCUCACGACAUCAACAAUCCGUUAAGUGUAAAUCAACUUACCGGUCAGUGUAUAAAAAGUGAAGUUGUACCAACCCCACCCUCGGGUCCCUCCAAUCCAGCGAUCAGCGUUACGUAGCCCCGGGUGGACCCACGUGACAAGACUGUUGCAACACACGGUGUCAUCCAAGGGGUCCAUCUACGUAUCUACUGUGCGCGACAGAGAGGCUGGACGAUGACGAUGACGAUGACGAUGACUAUGACGGUUCAUUUGGAGAGACUUAUUAGUUCGAUCGAUAAUCUAACCACGUUAUUGGACAAAAUGGUUAAAUGUUCGUUCGUUACUACUCCUACGACGACUACUCUUCCCUCUCGUAGAUCGACGACGUUCAUCGUGGAAAAACGUGGACGAAUCGACGAGAAACGAUUGGAAAGGAAAAGAAGAAGAAAAGAGAAACUACGAAGAGUAAAAAGAAAGAGAAGAAGAAGAAGAAGAGGAAGAAGAAGAAGAAGAAGAAGAAGACAAGGAACGAGGAAGAGUAUCUCAACAAUUGUCGUCCUCGUCGUCGUCGACGCCAUAGCGAAGAAGAAUUUCAUUCUCCUUCGAAUUCGGUUCUUCGCCAUUUUUUAUUAUCGUCGUCUCUUGUGUUGUUUCUAGCGAAAUAUACAAAAAAAAAAAAUUAUUAAAUAAUAAUACUAAAUAAAAUAAAUAAAAUAAAUAAAAUAAAAUAAAAUAAAAUAAAAUAAAAUAAAAUAAAUAAAUAAAAAACAUGAUGAGAGAAAAUACGGGACGGACGAAAUUGUAGUAUCUCCGAGAGUUUUUGAUCGAGGAAAAAGCAACGUCGUCGUUUAAACGAACGUUCUUCUCGUAAAAACACGCGCGCGUAUAGGAACGUAUAUAUAUAUAUAUAUAUAUAUAAAUCUAUAUAUACACACUUAUAUAAUAUGCACGAUAUGUGGGACGAAUGGGAGUACUACUUCCAAGGAGAGAGAUUCUCGUUCGGUGGAUUAAAAUUGUCCAAAAAAAUAUGUGCCAGCAACUAACUAAAUAGUGUAUCAUCUCUGUGUGGUCUGUGCGUUUGUUUUUUUGCGUACGUUUUCUUCGCCGAAAACAACAACAACCAACAACAACAACAAAAAAAGAAAAGAAAUGAAAAGAAAAAGAGAAAAAUUAUCGCGAGAAGAAAAGCCAGAGAAAAGGAAAGAAGAGGGCGCGAACCGGACACCCCCGUCAUCGUGUUGUAUCUCGCGUUUCGAACGAUUCUACGUACAUAAUACAUGUAUCUAAUUACAAUUGUGUAUUAGUCGUCCCUCUCUCCUCCUCUCGACUGUCUUCUUCAUUUACCGUGCCAAAGCGCUUCUCGGCUCUACAGGAUUUGAUGAUUAUGCGUGCGAUGACCGAGAGCGAACGAUGAUCCUAUCGAUCAUCAAAAAACAAAAGGGAGACAAGCAUCAUAUGCUGCUCUGAAAUCUAAUCGUUACUUAUCUUUUCAUAUUAUUCUUCUACUUCCUCGUCAUCAUCAUCAUCACCACCACCACGACCAUCACCAUCACAAUCACCACCACCGUCAUCAACAUUAUCAGCAUCGUUUUUAGUUUUACGUUAGUCAUUUGUUUGUUGUUCCCCCAUUAUUAGUCCUCUUCCUCUUCCUCCUCCUCCAACAAGGCUCCAGACGGUCAAAACACAGAAGCAUCACGAACGAAAGGAUUAUUUUCAUUUUGUUGUAUAUAUAUAUCGUCUUCGAUAAUUUCUCGAUCUUCAAACAUCGAGCUAAAGAAAAUUGUACGAUAGAUUAAGAAUGAUGAGUGCGAGAGAAAAUAAUUAAUGCGUGUACUAUCUCAAAGUGUAUCUGGGGUGGUUUAUUAUUAUUACAAACGCGUGCGACAAAGAUGAACGAAAGCGGACAAAACUUUUCCUUUUUUAUUUUUUUUAUUUAACGAAGAAAAAGUAUGCUGUAGAGAAGUACUCAGGACCAAGCACGUAUCAUAGAAAAUGAAUAAUGAAAAUUAAAAAGAAAAAAGAAAAAAAAUGAGAGAGAGAGAGAGAGAGAGAGAGAGAACGAGAACGAGAAUGAGCGCCGACGAGGGAAAACUGCAGCUCGUAGUCCUUGUUAC